AUGGCUCCCUUCACACUUCUAACCUCUGGUAUCCUGGUAUUGUUAGAGAUGAUCAACCCCAACAAAGCAUGUACCUGUGCCACACCCCACCUGCAAAUGGCCUUCUGUAAUUCUGACAUUGUUGAGUCUACACUUUUCAUCAAUGCCAAGUUCCUUGGAUCAGCAGAAGUCAACCAGGCCACCUUAACCAACCAGCGUUAUGAGAUAAAGAUGACUGAGAUUUUCAAAGGGUCCAGUGCCCUAGGGAAUAACCCAGACGCCACUUGGUUUUACACCCCUCUCAUGGAGAGCAUCUGUGGAUAUUCCCACAAGUCCCAGAACCACAGAGAGGAAUUUCUUAUUUCUGGUGAGACCCUGCUGCUUCACCCUAAGGGGAACCUGUACAUCACCACCAGCAGCUUCAUAGCUCCCUGGAACAGUCUGAGCUCUGCUCAGCGACAAAGCUUUACCAAGGUCUAUGCUGCUGGCUAUAAGGAAUACACAGUGUUUCCCUGCUUAUUUAUCCCCUGCAAGCUGGAGAGUGACACUCAUUGCCUGUGGAUAGACCAGCUCCUCUUAGACUCAGAAAAGGACUUCCAGAGCUGCCACCUUGCCUGUACAACAUGUGAGCCAGGGAUGUGUAUCUGGAAGUCCCUGAGGCCUCAGAGAGCAUGA